AUGAAAUCUAAGAAUGUACGGAAGUCCCUAACCUGCACUUGUGGAAACAUUUUUAGACUAUGCUUUCUCCUAGGACUCUUCAUAUUAUUUGCUAUGAUCUGGAAGCAUGGCAAAAAGAAUUGCAAAUCUGAUGCUGGAAAACAAAUAUGCUUUUCUACCUUUAAGAGUACAAAAAGAAAGAAGAUAAUCAUUCCAGAGUAUCCUUUUUGGAAGAUACCACAGAAUCUAAACAUCAGUGUACUGGAAAGUGCUUCAGGUCCUUUACCCAUUAAAUAUAAAUAUCUUGUUGGAUCCCCUCCCUCUAAAAAGAGAUUCUUGACCAUUGGAAUCUCAUCAAUCUACAAAGUAAAGGAGCAGCGUUUAUUGGGGACAAUUGAGUCCAUCUUCAGUCACUGCUCUCCAGAAGAAUUAAAGGAGAUCCUCCUAGUGAUAUAUCUUGCCAAUAAUGAUUCUGAGAUAAAUGUAAAAACUGCCGAAGAAAUUAAGGCCAAGUUUAGUGAACAUACUAAUGCAGGAAGAUUACUUGUUAUCCAAAGCUCUACAGCAAGUUAUCCUCCAUUAUGGAAUGUGAAAGCACAGCACUGGGGCAACAGGGAAGAAAUUGGCUCAGCAGCCAAACAAAAUGUGGACUACGCUUAUUUACUUAAUUUCUGUGCCAAUCUGUCCCACUAUUAUUUGAUGUUAGAAGAUGAUACUGUUUGUGCCACCAAUUUUGUAUCCAUUAUUCAAGGUUACAUAAAGGAUAGAAAGGAACAUUGGAUCACAAUAGCAUUUUCCAGACUAGGCUUCAUAGGGAAACUCUAUCAUAACCCUGAUCUUACAAGAUUAGCCCGAUUCCUCUUGAUGUUCUAUCAUGACAUGCCUGGGGACUGGCUCCUUGGACUGUUUCAUAAAUCUAGGGCUCAAGAAAGUCCUAUCAUCUUCCGGCCUUCUCUUUUCCAACAUGUAGGGAAAGUUUCUUCAUUUCACAAUAUUGAAACUGAAAUCAAUGAUCCAGAGUUUGAAGAAGAUUCUGGAGAUCUGGGAGAUUUUCUUACUGCUUCGUGUUUCACAAAUAUUCCCAGUGUUUUAAAUUAUGUCCCAGAAAAUGUGUGUCCUCCUGGAAACGGUGUCUUUUGGGGCAAGAAUGUAACAGCAGAGAGCUUUUUCACCAUUGUUUUUGGAAAUCCAAUUGUUCCCCAGAAGAUUCGGAUUUACACAGGAUCAGCUGAAUUUAAUAAGGACAUCCUCUAUGAUGGUUAUGUAGAAGAGGGAAGGCUCAAAGUCCAUUCAGAAGAUGGGCAAACAUGCCUAAUUUUCAAACAAAUAGGAAAAUUUAGGAAUGGACAUUUUGAGUUGGUAGAUAAGGAAAAAAACAAUGACAUAGAGUGUCUUCGAAUUCAAGUCACAGCACCACAAAAAGAAUGGCUGAGAAUAAGGAGAAUUAAUAUUUGGUUGAAGAAGUAUUAA